AUGAAAUUGUCUCAACUACUACUGAUGCUGCAGAUUUUGUUGAUGGGGUUCAUGAAUGCUACGCAAUGCAAGCCCACAUGUUCUGACAAAUGUGGAAAUGUGUCCAUACCUUACCCUUUUGGAAUUGAAGAAGGCUGCUACCUAGAUGAGUCUUACUACAUACACUGCAAUUCCACAACUGGAAUUCCACACUUGAACAUUUCUAGCAUAUUUACGGUGAUGUUUGGAUACUGGUCUCAUCCUCUAGAAGUUGUAGAGAUAAAAAUAGAUGGCAACCUUAUUAGAAUUAAUCUACCAAUUGCAUAUAGAUGCUACAAUGAAUGGGGGAAGUUAGUUUCUGGCUCAACGACAACAAUUAAUACAUCCAGGUUCCCCUUCUCAAGCACACAAAACUGGUUCACGAGAAUUGGCUGUGACCUUGAAGCCAAUAUAAGGCUUCACAACCCGUCUGUUGCUAUGAAGUGUCUAUUGGAUUGUAAUUACUUUCACGGUUCUGUUAGAAAUGGGUCAUGCCUAGGCCAUGGAUGUUGCCAAGCUAGUAUUCCGCAAGGCAUGACAUAUGCCGAAAUUGAUAUCGGUCUCCCAGAAAACAAGACAUCAAUGGUAGGAAAUCUUAGUAGAUGUGGUUAUGCUUUCAUUGUGGAAAAAGACAAGUAUUACUUUAACACCAGUGAGCUACGCAAUAUGAGAAACAACAUGUCUUUCCCUGUAGCGCUUGACUGGUCUGUGGGGGAUACAAAGUGUGAAGAAGCUCAAAAGGAUAAAGUAACCUACAUGUGCCAAGAAAACAGUGUAUGCUAUGAAGGGGAAACUGGUGUUAAUGGAUAUCGUUGCAAAUGCUCUGAUGGAUACACCGGAAACCCCUACAUCCAAAACGGAUGUCAAGAUGUCAAUGAAUGUGAAUCUUCAGAGCUCAAUGACUGCUUGCAAGGAUAUUGUAAGAACACACGUGGGGGUUAUAAUUGUAUUUGUCCAAAUGAUCACCAAGGUAACGCAAAAAAAGGUGGAGAGUGCACACCUGUUGAGCCACAAUCAAAACCUAGAUCAGUCAUUGAAGAAGAGCUAAAGAAAGCAACAGACAACUUCAAUGAAACCAACAUCAUAGGCCAAGGGGGUUAUGGUACUGUUUACAAAGGAAUUUUAGCAAAUAAGACAGUGGUAGCCAUCAAGAAAUCUAAAGUAAUUGACCAAGGCCAAAUCAAGCAGUUUGUAAAUGAGGUGAUCAUUCUAUCACAAAUUAAUCAUCCCAACAUCGUAAAACUCCUUGGUUGUUGCCUAGAGACACAUGUUCCCUUGCUUGUGUAUGAAUAUAUAACCAAUAAGACCUUAUGCCACCACAUACAUAGACAUCCCAUAUUGACAUUUGAAAAACGGCUCAAGGUAGCUGCAGAAACUGCUGAAGCUCUUGCAUAUAUGCACUCAACCACACAAAUUAUCCAUAGAGAUGUCAAGCCAUCAAAUAUACUAUUGAAUGAUGAGUUCACUGCAAAAGUUUCUGAUUUCGGGAUUUCAACAUUUGUCCCUCUUGGUGAAACCCACUUAUCAACAUUUGUUAAAGGAACAAUCGGGUAUAUGGAUCCUGAUUAUUUUCGUAUGCAACUAACCCAGAAAAGCGAUGUUUAUAGUUUUGGAGUUGUUCUGUUAGAGUUACUUACGGGAACAAAGAUUCAUUCUUUAGAGAUACCACUAACAGUUUAUAGAGGUGCAGCUGCAUACUUCACUUCGCUACUGGAAUGUGAUUUAUUGGUUCAAGUUCUUGAUGAUCAACUAAAAGGAGAUGUGUAUGUGGAGGUGGUGAAACGCUUUACUAAGAUAGCAAUUAACUGCCUUGAUCUUGAAGGGAAGACGAGGCCUACAAUGAAAGAAGUAAAACAUGAGCUCGAGCAACUAAGAUGUGUUUUGUUGUCCAUUGAAGCUCAAAGUAUUUAG